AUGUUAUUAACUAUUUAUUCAUCUAAAAUACAUUCAUGCACAUCAUUACUGUUAGUGAUUUAUCAAACCAUUCUGUAUUUAUCACUUUUGGCCGUUGUGUCAGAUAUAUUUCUACCUGGUGCUAUCUGUGGUUUAAGUUCGAAAGAAGUUGAUGAACAUUUAGAACAAGGAAAAAAAUUAUUAGCAGUUGGUCAACUAGCGGAUGCUUUAACACAUUUUCAUUCUGCUGUUGAGGGCGAUCCAAAAAAUUAUGUUGCUUACUUUCGACGAGCAACUGUUUAUCUUGGACUGGGAAAAUCGAAAUCCGCAUUACCUGAUCUGUCCAAAGUUAUUGAACUUAAACCUGAUUUUAUCGCUGCUCGUAUGCAACGUGGAAAUGUGCUAUUUAAACAAGGUAAUUUUGCAGAAGCGAAGAAAGAUUUUGAAACAGUUAUUCAAACAGAGCCAAAUAAUGCUGAUGCUCUUAAACAAUUAGAAACAUUAUUGACAGUAAUAAAUGAUAGUAAACAAGCCGAAACAUUUUAUCAACAAAAAGAAUAUAUCCAAGCACUUGAUAUUUUAUCAAAAAUUAUUGAACAUUGUCCAUGGUCAAUCAAAUUUCGAGAAUUACGUGCUGAUAGUUACUUAAAUGUAAAUGACUAUGCGAAGGCUGUCACUGAUUUAAAAGCAACAGCCAAACUGAUACCAGAUAAUACUGCAGCAUUUUUGAGAAUCAGUGAAUUAUUAUAUCAAAUGGGAGAAGCGGAAGACAGUUUAAAUAAUAUUCGUGAAUGUUUAAAACUAGACCCUGAUCAUAAACAAUGUCAUACUCAUUAUAUAAAAAUAAAAAAAUUAGCAAAACAAUUUGAUUCGAUUAAAGAAUUUAUAAAUGCACAGAAAUGGACAGAAUGUAUUGAGAAAUCAACACAAAUUUUAAAAUUAACUGAUCCACAAUCAUCAACAUUUAUUUUUAAAGCAAAAAAUUUUAUGUGCACGUGUUCCUCAAAAUCAAAAGCAUCAGCGCAAGAAACAAUUAAAAUAUGCACAGAAAUUUUAGGUAUGAAGAAUUAUACUUAG